AAUCUAUUUAUACUCACUCCAUGGAGAGUAUAUUAAAUUUUGAUUUUUAAAAUAACAGCAUUCUUAUCCGUUUCAAUUGAGUAAACAUUAACCUUAUCAGUUUUUUUCAUUUAUCGUGACAAUACAACAGUGUUUGUGAGUUUUUUUGUGUUCGACAAUAACAGGAAUGGAAAAUCACGAAAUAAUAAAAUGGAUAAGGAAACUUCUGUACGCCGAAUAUUACACGGACUUUCAGAUCGAAAUCGAAGGAGAGAGCUCGUCCAGGCAUGGUGCAUCGUCGCGAAUAAUUUUCGCCAAAAUAAUUAUCACAGACGGUAAAUCACGUGAGGUACUUCACAUAGCAGUUAAAUUCAGCAAACCGGCCCUGCGACUACUACCGGCCAUAAGAGCCGCGUACAGGAAGGAAAUUCGCUUCUACGAAACCGUCGCGAAUGUAAUCGAGGAGUUGCAAACUGACGUAGAAGGACCGUUUGUGGGCCUGUCAAAAUGUUAUGAUACUUUCGCAGACAGUACUACAGAGAUAAUAGUGUUGGAAAACCUCCGGUACAAAGGCUACAAAUUGCACAGAGUAGAUUUGCCCAUGAGCCUUCCGUACAUCGAACUAGUCCUGACGAAUUUUGCCAAAUUUCACGCUCUAUGUUUCGCUUUAAAAGAAAAAAACAGACGAUUAUUCGACGAAUUGGCCGAAACAUUUAAAGCCGAUGUGGAUAUUAUCGUUGAAAUGGAUGAUUUCUUCAAAACCAAACCAGCCGUGGUUGUUCAAAAUUUACGCGACAGCAAUAGAAAGGACUUGGCGGAUGAAUUAGAGAAACUCAUAGCACCGGGUGUUGCGAAUAUGGUGAAAUCCAUCGUAACUGAUAAAGUAGAUAACGUUGUUAUAGCGCAUUUCGAUUGCCAUUGUAAUAAUUUCAUGUUUAAGUUUGAGGGAACAGACGAAGGAACUCCAACAAAUGUGGCUAUAUUGGAUUGGCAAUUGGCAAAAAUGCAUUCACCAGCAAUAGAUGUAUCUUACUUUCUUCACACCGUUUGUUCCAAACAGGAACUAGACAGAGAAAAUGAAUUAUUAAAAUAUUACCACGACCAAUUAGGGAAUUUCUUAACGAAGUUAGAUUGUAACGUCGAUAUUUCGUUUCCUUACACCACUUUUUUGGAGCACUGGAAGAAAUACCGUUUCUACGGAUUUAGUUUCGCCUGCUGCUUCAUGGACUUUAACUUUUUAGACGAAAACAGCUUCCCGAAAUUUGACGAUGCAAACGAAAAUAACAACGUUGGAAAAAUUAUGUCUGAAACUGUCUUGAAAAAUCCCACGUUGUACAGGCAAAGACUAGUCGAUUUGGUCGAACACUAUUUGCGGAAACCGAAUAAUUAAUAAUAAAAUGUUUAAUUACUUUAUACGAUAAAUUAAAUAUUCUGCUUCCUUAUCUUAUUUUGUUUCAUUAGGAGAGUACGGAGUGUGUCAAUUUAUUUAAUUAUGGGCCCCUCAUUCGGUUUCAAAGAUGAAGAAUACAUUUUUUUACUUAAUAGUUUGUUCUCUUUAAGGAUAAUAGAUUAAAUUGUGCAAAUUUGGUAUUACCGAGAAUGUUAAAAACUACGUUGUAUUGAUGUUUAAUUUGAUUAUCCAAUACAAUACGAUAUCAAUAUUGGUAGAAUAAUAACAACACAUUUAAUGCAAUGUACGAAAGACCUACUUUCAAUUUAUUUACAUUGAUUAGAACAAACUACAUAUCACACAUACGCAAACUUACGAUUAUUACAAAACUACAAAAAAAUAAACAAAACUUGUGAGAAACUAGAUUUAAUGAAUUAAAGUUAAAAGAGGGAAAUUUCCAUAACAAAAUUCGAUACGUUUUGUAUAGAGUACUAGUACUGCUUAUCUACAUGCCACCAACGGCGCUUUAUUAUCUCUUUAAUUUAUAUUUUAAGUACACUUUACUAGCAAUUGUAAAAAAAUUAUUAGUUACUUCACCUAUUAUACCUAACAAAUUAUCGAAAUAGUUGAAAAAUUUAUCAGGAUAAUCGAAAGUGUGCGGUCAGUUACAUAUAGUAAAGACAACGAAUCAUCUACUUUUGUGUAAGAUUAAUUAUCAAUAAUUCGUAUUUGAUAGUAAGUGAGCUUAUUAUAAAAAAAUAUAGUCCUAUUAUCCCUACUUACCUAUUAUACCUUAAUGCUCAUUCAUAAUCUUCAUUCGGGGAAACUCUUGAGAGUUUUUAAUAACAUUGAAAAUU